CUAGCACCGAAUGCAUUUGCCAUUCUUAUCGAUCCAGGCUUGACCGACGUAUACUCCCUUUCCGUCCACGUAGCAUCUGUAGACGUGUAUGCCUUCGUCGCCACAUCUCAUAUCGUAAUCUCCCUGUCUCCAUACCGUAUACUUCUUCACAUGAAAAGAAACAUCCUCGACAUCGUCACUUCUCGAGCCAUUGAAACAACCUUUCGGCUCCAUUCGUGCUCUUAAUCCAUUCUUCUGAAUAUUGCAAUAUUUGAGUAGGCCUUUCCCCAAAACGAAGUGUCCGGUUUUUAUCGAAUCACCAUACUCGUCCACACAGGCUUUGAAUCGUUUCGAAAUGCAGCAGAUCAAAAAGUUCCCCACAGUUAUGUCAUCAGUGCUGUCGGCGUUUUCCGGACACGAAUUCACAGACACCUCUUCUCCAGAGCCUUCUAUAGCAGCUGGCUCGUCAUCCGUGCAUGAGUAUUCCACGCCAUUUUCCACGUGGGAGAUCGUUCCCAAAUCUAGGACCGUGCCAGCAUCCGUAAGACAGUUCAACACCUUGAUUUCUCCAGAAGAGCACGUGACGAGGAAAUUUCCAUUUCGCACCCAUUUCUCGGAUUCCGCAUGUUCAACUCCAUUUUCGACGCAUACGGGAGAAACCGGAGGAAACAGAAGAAAUAGUAUCGCUAACAUUUGCCUUAUAACUUCAUGACUGUUGAAUACAGUGAAUGA